UUAAUAAUAGUAGAUUUGGAAAUAAAAGUCGCAGACUAGUCUAGAAUCUUCUGUGUACUAAAUUUAAAAUCGAGCAAGCAAGCGAUCGGUCGCGAUUUUGCAAUUCCAAAGUUCCAGACCGACAGCGCACAUUUUUGCAUUUUCCUAAUGCGUUCCAUCUGUUCCAAAACUUCACAGACUGACAGAAAAGUGAAAUUCUCGAGACAAGGAGUGCGAAAAUGAAAUUAUGCGAAGCAUGUGAAGAAUUCGAAUCGGUAUUUGCAACAUUUUGUGGCGGUGUGGACCAAUCGCGUGGCCAGAAAGCACUCCCAGAAUGCAGCGCGCAGCGUUGUCUCUAUCAUGUGGCAAAAAGUGUCCAAAGGUUACCAAACAACUUGGCGUUCCAUGGAGAAAGAUCUUUUGUAAGCUUCUCGUGUUCAGCUGGUGGAUCUAGUCGCUUUAGGCAAUUCGAUCAUGGCCUGGAGUCAGUAGGGACGUAGAGGAGAAUGUGUACGCGUUUAAAAUAUACAGAGCGCGUUUAGAAACGUUAUGGCUGUGUGCAAAAGCCGUGUAUAUUCUGCCACAGACGUGGCUAAUUCUAGCCUUCCUAUGUUUCCAAGCGACUUUCAUACGAACCGACAUGCUUGUCCAUCGGCUCAGAACACAUCACCCGACAGACCGAUUGGAUAUGGCGCUUUUGGAGUUGUUUGGUAAGCAUUUCGCUUUAUAUUUUAUCUCCGAUCCCUUUAAACAAAGCGUUGAAACGUUUUCAAAACACAGCCAACGCUAAUAUGUUCCUAUGCUCGUAUAGGUCUGUCACCGAUCCGCGAACCGGCAAACGAGUAGCUUUGAAGAAAAUGCCCAAUAUUUUCAAGAAUAUAACAUCGGCGAAGAGAGCAUAUCGUGAACUGAAGAUGCUGUGUUGUUUUGAGCACGACAAUGUAAGUUUUUGCCUGAUUUUGUUGUGAAUUUCUUGGUCUGCGGGAGUGGCUUAAAUGGAACGCUAUGUGGAUUGAAUUUAUUAUGCGAAUAUAUGCAACAAGUGUUUGGAUGUUAUGUUUUUAGGUUUUGUCCAUUCAAGACAUCGUUCACCCUGGACCUAUAGACCAUUUUCAAGAAAUGUAUCCUUGAAUAAAAAGCUUUUAAAGAACCGUCCUUUAAUAGCCAAACAUACAGCAUGCGAUUGCCUUUUAAUAAAUCUUUUAAAUUGUCAAAAUCGCGGACCAGAAAAUGAUAAUGAAUAUAUGCUAUCAAAUUUCGCAUAUUUAUAUUCUUGACAACUAUUACAUGCAAUGUUAUGCCUUCAAAUCUUUACAAAAAAAUUUCGAUGCGUGAUUUUGGCUAAAUGAAAGGCCAAAGGCAUCUUUGUUUAUAUAAUAAAGUUCCGCCACUGGAAGGCUUGAAUAAUUAUUUCGAUUACAACAAGAAUAUUUCGUGCAUACGAGUAUGGCGUAUUGAAAGACAUCCGUUCUCAAAUUGGUCCAUUUUAUCCGGAAAUGUUCUCCCCAAAAGGUCGAUUUCGCAAACAGAUUGCCAAAAGGCGCAGGGGGUUGUUCUAAUAUUAAAACAUAAAGCUUACAUUAUUAAGACUGUCUAAUAUAAAUGCGUGAUAGCUUUGUGACACGUUUGCCCUGAGGAAAAGUCGGUCUGUGGUGUUAAACCAGCUUGGCAAAAUGCCUAAUAGAAAUAGACUGCUAGUCUGUAUUCAAGUGUAUUUUAUCCUUUAAUAAUGUGUUUAACUUAAACACAUGCAGCCAGUCGCCUUAAAUCUGCCACAACUGCUUUGAAGUGCCGUGUUUUGUGGUAUAUUCAAGCCCCCUUCACCCAUAAAAUGUUCGAAUGAAUGAACAAUAAAAUUCGCCAGCCGGCUCAUGUGUUCAGGUCAGGUACAAGGUCAUAUCAGUUUGAUACGAUAUUGGACCUAGAUCAUUGUGUUGCAAUAUUUCAAUGCAUAUUUUGCCGUGCAGUGGAAUGUGGCGGAAUGCAUGGUUAACCAAUUUCCCACCAACUAGCAUGCAUUUCACCAAACUCAUUUUGCUAAACCAUGUUUUGUGUUUGCUGUAACAUAUGUUGAAUAUAUUUUAUGCACACUUGAGAUAUAACCAUAGAUUGUGAUGCACCAACGAACAAUGUUGCAUAACAUACUUACUGUUGGUUGAAAUAAGCGUUGGAGAGAAGCUGUAAUAAUUGCAGAUUGAUGCUGCACGAUGGUGUUUAAUUAAGGAGACAUGGUCAGUACACCCUUAGCUUGUCGUAAGGCAUAGAAUAUCACAUUUACUUGUGUGGGAAACCGACCGAAUAUUGCCCUCCUUUCCUGUGUAUUUGAAUUGCUGGGAAUGAUCUGAAAUGCAUCCUUCCUUGAUUCAUGUGAAAGAUAUAUUGUCACAGAACUAAUGCAAUCUGAUUUACAUAAAAUCAUUGUAUCUCCACAACCAUUAAGCAUGGAUCACGUCAAAGUUUUUCUUUAUCAAAUUCUAAGAGGUGAGAUGCAGUACGUUUUUAGCUGAAGUUUCUUUGAAUGUAAAACUCCUAGGAGAUGACAUUUAAAAUAGGAAAAUGCCAAAUGAAAUUGAACAGAUUUUGGGGAAUGGCUUGCUUGAACGAUUCUUUAGUCUUAUUUUGAUCCAGGGUAUAACUAAUUAUUAAUUUUAUUGUGUUCUUUCAGGUUUAAAAUAUUUACAUUCUUCUGGAAUAUUACAUAGAGAUAUUAAACCGGGAAAUUUAUUAGUCAAUAGUAACUGUCUGUUGAAGGUACGUCCAGUACAUUUGCAUUGUUUUGUCGUGUAGGGACGACUCCUUUGCUGCCGUCUUAUACUGCGAUUUGAUUGCAUUGCUCAGGGCAAUGGCUUCAUGUUCUAUUACUUUCUAUAGAUAUGUGAUUUUGGUCUGGCAAGACUAGAAGAACCAGAUGAAAGUAUCAUGAUGACACAAGAGGUAUAAUUCUUUCUUAGGAUUAAAAUAGAGGCUGUCUUGAGUGAGGACAUACUCUUACCCUUGGGAUGGUGGCUGGGUGAAAUUUCUGGAUUGAUUUAAUUACCAGUACCCAUUAACCUAUUGUGCACCAGUAUUCUCCCCCCUAGUGAAAUCAUCUGGUGUGACAUCAGACAGAGUAAAAUAAUAAAGUAAGGCCCAUUAGGGCGCAACAUGACAUCCAUGGGCAGAUAGUCUAGUACAUGGCAGACACCAGAUGGAGGUGGCCUUAUAAACAUGAAUUUGUUGCUUUCUUCACAGGUAGUAACUCAAUAUUAUCGUGCCCCAGAACUGCUUGCUGGUGCCAACCAUUAUUCUUCUGCAGGUAUAAAUACAUUCAUACAUAACCAUUAUUGUGAAUUAAUAACAAUAAACAAGCACAGAGAAGUUGAAGUAUAAUAUUGCUAAUAUCUAUAAGUAGUGAUUAACUGAUUGUGCCGUUAUUCAUUGAUUUUUUAUAAUGGUGUCAUAACGUCAGUCAACCAAGUAGAGGUGGCAUCAUUCAUUUCAAUAUUUCAACGUUAAUUCCCAACGUAACAUGUUAAAAUUGUUACUGCAACCAAAGUUUUUAAAACCGUUCGUAAAUACAAUCUUGCAAAUGUCACAAUGUGUGUCAACAUGCAAUGUACCGGUAUAUUAAUUUUUAAAGUGUGUGUUUUUUCAACAAUCAUUUUUACACAAUCGAAAAUAAGAUAAUUCUACCAAUUCUGAUUAUCUACCGAUAAGGCGAAAAUCUGCCCGACAUGCACUAUUGAUUUACAAGAAAUACCGUGAGAAACACUUGAAUACUUUAAGGCAUGACAAUUGAAUUAACAUAAAUAUACUCAUUGUUUAUUAAAUGAAUGUGAUUUUCACAAUUUCAUGUAAUUCUUAUUUUUCAGUUGAUAUUUGGUCAGUUGGUUGUAUUUUUGCUGAACUCAUGAGUAGAAAGAUUCUUUUUCAAUCUGGAAGUCCAGUGCAACAGUUGAAUAGAAUAGUGGAUUUGCUAGGCACGCCAAGCCUUCAAGACUUCAGCGACGCUAAAGCGAGCAAGGGAGCUGUCUCUUAUCUUCUAUCAAAACCAAAUAAACCUGUAAGCAUAUCUUGCAUUUUGUCUCGUGUUCACCCAUUCAACUGUCCCCUAUUUGUUUGUUGUACUUUGGCGCCUUAAUAUCAAAUAUUACACUUUGUAUGCGCACUCAAGUUUUGUGCUAAGCGGCACCAGUUCAAGCAGUCACGCUUGUUUCUGAAAUUUGGAUCUUUGUUUUAUUUUUCAGCACAAUCUAGCCUCGUUAUACAAUCUUUCACACCUGGCCACACAUGAAUCUGUCCAUCUACUUUGUCGAAUGCUUGUCUUUAAUCCAGUGAGUAUAUAUUUUUCUUAAAUUGGUCGGUUUCAGUGAAUAAUGUUAGCUCAUUUUCAACUAACUUUAUUUCAGACUAAAAGAAUCAGUUGCAGCGACGCUCUCUCGCACCCUUAUCUUGACGAAGGCAGACUAAGAUAUCAUUCCUGCAUGUGUAACUGUUGUUUCAAUACCGUCUCUGGGAGACACUAUGCACCUGGUAAGUGUUAUGACUUGUAAGGCGAGACUUUUUUAUUCAUUGGUUUACAGAUUUGCCGACUGUAAAUAUUCAGAAACUGAAAAAUAAAAAAAAUUGGAUGUCAACAAUUUUACAAUUUUAGUUAAUUUGGGGUUCUGACAUGAAAGUACACGCCAACUCGCGCCAAGUAAACUUUGACUCUAAGUACUGCUGGCUCAUGUUAUCGUUGUGACAAUAUGGAGAUUAGCCAUGUUGUGUUUUUGAAGUCAACGUUAAAAAAAUUAAUAGAGAUUAUUAAAUUUGGUUCUCAUUUCUACUCUGUAUGUUUUUUUCUGACUUACCAACCUGGUUUUUUUUUUAAAGUCAAAUCCGUAAACCAAUAAAUAGAAAAAGUCUCGCCUUAGGGGGCUUGGCAAAAUUUCAAACUGGAAUUUUAAGUUUUGUCAGACAAACUUAAGGAGAGAAUUGAACCCACACUCUCAGGUGAAAGGCGCUUGUUCUGAUGUAGUACUAAUACCAACAAAGCCUGUCGCAAAGAUAAGAAUACAGUAUUCUCACACUGGGUUGCCGUGUAGUCUGCCACCGCAAAAGUAGCAGUGCCUUUAUUAACAAUUGGGGAAAAAAAAAUAUGUGGGUUUCCGGUUUCCUCUUGUAAAAACUUAGGUAGGGUAGGUCGGUUUUAACUUUUUUUUUUAAUUUUCCUAACAACUGGACGCCAUUUUGUUUAGUCAGUGCUUCCACAUCCAAACAUAAAUUUCCCUAAUAUUGCCUCAAAUUUUCAUUUUCCACAAACGUUUUGCUAUAAGUGGAAACACUUACAAGCGUGAUCCAAUAAAAAAGUUUAGGUUCGGGAUUUCGACGUCCAAAAGCUAGGUAGGGUCGGGAAACCGGAAACCCACAUAUUUUUUUAUUUGGCCUUGUUUACAUACACAAAAUUAACAUAUUAGACCCAAUAUUAAUAACCCUAAACAAUGUCUCGAACCACAAGGGUGGGCGGGUGGGAACUACCACACUUGUGGCAAAAGACAAAACAUGCUCUAUCUUGAGGCACAUGCCCAUAUAAGGGCAUAGCACCUCGCCUGGGGCCCGCCAGUGUGAGAACCCGUUUCUCGCUUCUUUCAUACUUCAGCCAGCGAGAAACUAUAAAUACCUUGGAUAAACAAUGCAUCAACAGAUGAUAAACUGUAUUAUUUUUGUUUUAUAGAAAUGGAGCCAAGUGCCUGUCAACCAUUUGAUGAUAGUUAUGAAAAUGGUCUUUAUACUGUCCAUCAAGUUCGAGGUUUGUUUUUGUUGUAAAAUGUCUUAUUGGUACACAAGUGAUAUUUGCCUAUUAGAUAGGUACUAAUUGUAGUCAUGUAAGUAAUGCUGUUGUGUUUUCUAUUCCAGAAAAAAUCUAUCAAUUUAUGACUGAGAGACAGAAACAUCACGUCCCACUUUGUAUUAACAUGGCCUCGCCUGCAUUUAAAAGCUUUAAAAGGUAUUUGUAAUAUCUUAUACUAUCUUUAAAAGCUAUCUUAUACUGUACAUUUCUAUUUCUGCAUUAAACUCUAGUUGGCUGUUUGCAUAACAGACACAGCAAUAAUGCCAUCCAGUCAUGAUCCUAUGAUUGAAAUGUUCUAUUGUCUUUCAUUGUUUUGAAAAUCUUGCCAUUCUCCAUGUCAUCCAGUCAUGAUCCAGUGAUCUGAAUGUUCCAUUGUCUUUUCAUUGUUUUGAAAAUCCCACUGUUCUCCAUGUCAUCCAGUCAUGAUCCAGUGUUUGGAGUAUUCCUUUCUCUUUUCAUUGUUUUGAAAAGACAAUGGAACUUGUUCUGACUUACAUAUUACUGUUUAUGCAAGCUAGUGUUUUCUUUGCAAGCAUGGUUUAAAAUCUGUUUAUUUUCUGCAUUUAGGUCAACUGUAGCUUCGCAACCCGAGGCACCGGACUCUCCUCAGUUAUGGUAGAACAAUCAAAAACCUCUUUCACCCCCCUCCCCAAUGGUUAAUUCAGCACUGUGAAGAUUUCUGCACCAAAGGCAACUGGCCAUGCCAUCUCACGACUUGAAGCAAAUUGGCAUGAACUGGACUAUUGAUGAUCAGUAGGUUUGAGCUUUUCCUUCUACAAGCCUUGGUAAGGCUCUUCAAUGAGGCUCUGAGAAGUUGUAAUAGACCUGGAGAAGUAUUUCUUGGACCCUGAAGUGUUCCUCAAAUGUGCGUAAAAAAUAUUGGAGGAUUUAGAAUAGGACUAGCAAUAAUCCGGCCCCUAUGCAUAACCCUGAGAAUGACAAUACUGCCUUCCAGUCACGAUCGAGUGAUUGGAAUGUUCUAUUGUCUUUUCAUUGUUUUGAAAAUGGAAAGUUCACCAUCCAAGUCACUCGUUGCUUUGACCAAUUUUAGCAUUUAUUGAUUUAUACAAAUAACGGCCUAUUCCUUAAGAUUCUCUCAUAAAAGUCAUAAAAUAUGCAUGAACGAUUAAAACGUUCCCUGGUCUUGUAUAUACUGUAGAUAAGGCUCGUCAGAAUCUCGAGAUUCCACGUUCAAUCUCGGGGAUUUAUUUCGAUGCAACAACUCGCCAGAACCUUUAUCCAUCGUGACUCAAAGCUCCCUGUGGAUAGUGUCAUUCUUUUUAUACUCAAUCGUAUUUUGAACGCGAACUCACUUUCAAACCAUAUUCCAUCUGCGCUUUUCACUAAAUUUUAAAACUAAACCUUUGCGGUGUAAUAGUAGUAUAGGUUUCACUAAGUACUAUCGUGCAGCAGAUUGUGGUCAACCUACAGUUAUCAGAGUGAGAAAAUAAUGUUGGCUUUUGUGAUUAUAUGUAGUUGAAAAUAGUCGACUUCUACUAGGAGGCGUGAAUGAAAUUAGGGAGAUGUACAGGGUGUGGUAAGUUCACGAGUUUUAGUCCUACCUCACUGGUAUGCCAAUGAUUAUUGCCGGGUAGUACAAACUCGAUACUCGAUGUGUGCCUAGUUUUAAAGUAAAGUACAGCUUUCUGAAAGGUAUUCAAACCAUAUGAUGCAUGAUUUAGGGUGUAUUAUCAAGUAUAUACUCGGGUAACAGUGUUACAAGUGUUACACUAUCUUUAUUUAGGGAGUAGGAUUAGGGGUAGGAUUAUGGUUUGUGUGUGUGUAAAACUAUGUAACACGGUGGGGUUAGGGGUAGGGUUAGUGUGUGUAACACUAUGUAACACUGUCAACACUCUGUAGCACUGUGUAACACUAUGUAACAAUGUGUAACACUAUCUAAGAAUAUGUAACAUUGUUUAACACUGUGUAACACUUGUAACAGUGUUACAACCGAGUGCCAUAAUAAAAGCACCCUAAAUCGAGCAUGGUAUAAUUCAAACUACGAGUUAGAAAAAGAAGCACAAUAAUUGCACAUACAAACACUACAUCGACUCCAAUAUUUCCACUCUGGAACAUUUUCCACAGAAAGAAAAUUUUGUAAAAUAUGAUUGGCCGACACAAAUUUUUCGUCGGAAAAAAAUUUGAAGUUGAAAAUUUUCAACAAUGAUAUUUUUGGAAAAUUUGCUGUCCGUGGAAAUUUUUCUUGAGUGGAAAUGGUCUUUGAUCCCAUCAGUUCAAUCCUGUUUCAUGCCAAGACAUUUCGGACACGUAUACCAAGUAAAUUACGCUUUUGAAUACCUUGAAAUGGUCGUGUGGUACCAGCAAAAAAGUUGGUAAUUGGCUAAAGACAAAGAAGUAUCAGACAGUAAUAUUGGCAUACCUACGGUACGAUAAUACCAGAACUAUCGCGCCCUGAAUUGUAGUUUAAUUAUGUCGCUACUAUGAGUACCAAAAGUUUUGAAAUUGACCACCGUUUGGUGCCUGGUAUCACUUGCUGAAACCUAACCAUAUAGGCUCACUGCUUGUACAUAAUGUGAUUAUUAAUUUAAUAAUUUGUAUUUUUCAAACGAAAGUUUAUGGAGAUAUGUAGCCGGUUAGCUGUAAUUUCCUGGUCUAUUUAUUUAUUUAUUUUUGACUAUGGAUUAUCGCUUGAAACCAGGAAAUAAUGGAUCUUCCUUUAACUUAAAUAUUGUUUUAAAUAAAGAGAUUAUUGUAAAAUAUUGAAACAGGUUGUUGUUUAUUUUAAAAUUUGUGAUCACAGUAGGAAUUUUGCCUAGGUAAAUUCUAAGUUUUGAAAGAUUUGUAAGAAAUGUACGGGGAAACUGAC